GAAGAAAUGAAUCCUGCAAAUGAUGGUCCGGUGUUUGGGACUGUUUUUGACUGGGACUAUCUCUUAUGGGAAGUUCGUCUGGCAUUUUUAGCUGCUGGUUUUUUUAUCUACUUGGGAGUAUUUCUUCUGUCUCACUGGUUGUCUUCAUGGACAAGUACUACUUAUCGUGCCUUGCAUGCAAAGGAGAAGGUGUUUUGGAAUAUGGCAGUCACACGUGGUGUGUUUGGACUUCAGAGUUGUGUUGCUGGUUUAUGGGCUUUGCUCGUAGAUCCUGUUUUUCAUGCUGACAAAGUGUAUUCACAGCAAAAGUGGAGUUGGUUUAACUGUUUAAUAGCUGCUGGAUUUUUCUUGCUUGAAAAUGUAGCUGUUCACAUAUCCAACAUUAUAUUUAGAACGUUUGAUGUGUUCUUGGUAGUUCAUCACUUGCUUGCUUUUGGUGGCUUGGCUGGUCUAGUAAUUAACGUGAAAUCUGGACAUUAUCUGCCUUUGAUGGGAAUGUUGCUGGAGAUGAGUACUCCCUCAACCUGCAUUUCCUGGAUGCUUCUAAAGGCUGGCUGCGCUAAUACCCUUUUCUGGAAGGCAAACCAGUGGGUGAUGAUCCACUUGUUUCACUGCCGCAUGAUUCUCAGCUACCACAUGUGGUGGGUGUGUAUUUUCAAUUGGAAUUCUGUGGUGGAAAAUCUUGGACUUCUUCAUUUUAUUGUUUUAUUCUCGGGAUUAUUUGCUGUUACACUAAUACUUAACCCAUACUGGACAUACAAAAAAACGCAGCAACUUCUCAGCCCAACUGACUGGAACUUUGAAAAUAAAGCCAUGGAAAAUGGGAAAUUAAAUGGUGAAACACAUCAGAAGAAGAGGAUAUAA